AUGAGUGGGCUAGAGGAGUCCCAGCCUUUCCUACGGGAUUCCCAAGGUGCGCUGGAGCACAAGUCGACGUUCCGGCAUCGCAUCGUCAUUCCCGUCUUGAGUUCAAGGAAGCAGUGGCUGAAGAAGCUGUCGCCCGUAUCAUCACACUUCGCGAUUUUCCUCGCAACGUCUUUUAUAUGGGCAUUCAUUAUCCUUUUCUUCAUUCAAAUUCCGCCAAAGCCUUCCGAAUCAUCGCCCAACCCCGCAACUCCACGCCAUCCAGAUACUGGCUUCCUCGCAGCAGAGGUGGACUACUUGACUUGCGGACAUUCAGCCGAAGAAGCGAAAACUAAGGGAUGCGAGUACGAUAUCCUCAGCAAUCACUGGAUCCCCAGACAGUGCAAUGACGAAUAUUCCAUCGAGGAAUAUCAGGCAGACGGAUCGUGGUUCCCCUAUGCCGAUGAGAAUCGAACCAUCCCUUUGACCAGAGCGGAACUGGGCGAUCGUGAGUUCUAUUACACGUCCAUGAGGGACCAUAUCGUGCACUGCGCCGUACUUUGGAGGAGGCAAUAUCGCGCGUGGGCCGAGGGUUGGAAGUUCUUGGAUGAUAUUAUCGCGGGAGAGGAGCACACGAUGCAUUGCUCAAAGUUUUUGAUUGACAUGACGGACAAAGGGCAGGAUUUCCGGAAUAUUCCGAUUCGCGUCUUUCCAGGUAAGGCUGGGUGUCACGUUCGGGGUGUGUAA